GUUGAUGAGAAUUGUUGGUUGUUAGUCUUAAUUAGAAGUUUGAGCUUUGUCUGGAUGAAAAUGGGCAGGAAAUGCUCACAUUGUGGGAACAUAGGCCAUAAUUCAAGGACCUGCCCAGCAUAUCGAAGCACUGCUGUUGGUGGCCUUAGGCUCUUUGGUGUUCAGCUUGACAUUUCUUGCUCUUCCAUCUCUAUGAAGAAGAGUUUCAGCAUGGAUUGCUUGUCCUCUGUCUCUCCCUCCUCAUCUCCCUCUCCUUCCCUUUCUUCCCCUCGAGUCUCGCUCGAUUACAAUUCAGGUUAUCUCUCUGAUGGCCUCAUGGGUCGUACUCAAGAGAGAAAGAAGGGUCAGUUUUGAUUUUCCUUUUUCUUGCUUGGCAAGAAGUUACUUCAUGUUUGGUUGAUGGAAUGAUUAUUUCAUUCAACUAAUUAGAAUCAAAGUGACAGAAGCAUGGAAUAAUCAUUUCUCAUUCAUCCAACCAAACAUGACCUUAGUGCGGUACCAACGGGACCAAGCUAGCCAUGUUUCUGAUAAUCUGAUGAAAACAAUUGAUUGAAGAUGUUGUGGUUGAAAUAUAGAUGAGUUUUAUUGAUAAGAUUUGUGUGUUCAGGAAUUCCAUGGACAGAGGAGGAGCACAGAACAUUUCUUCUGGGGCUAGAGAAGCUUGGAAAGGGAGAUUGGAGAGGAAUUUCCAGAAACUUUGUGACUACAAGAACUCCAACCCAAGUAGCCAGUCAUGCUCAGAAGUAUUUUCUAAGGCAGGCAAGUCUCAACAAGAAGAAGCGACGUUCAAGCCUCUUUGAUAUGGUUAAAAGCAGCAGCAGCAUGAGCAUCAGCUCCAUGUCUAGUGAUCAAACUCCUGGUCAAUAUCUGGAAACAACAAGCUUUCUGAAUGGAAUCCAUCAUGUUUCUGAGCAUCAGGAGAUGCCGGUUUUGCUGCAAGGAUUCAUUGAUUCUCAUACCAAAACAUCAUCAAGUUCAGUAGAAACCAAUGUAGCACCUGAUUUGGAGCUGACACUGGCAGUUCCAAGACCAUUGGAAGACAACAAAUCAUCCCCUAGAACCCUCCUCAUCAGGCCCAUCAGCGUCACCUGAAAAUGUUAAAAAAACUUCAAUAUUCAACCUUGUUAUUGUCAUUUUAAGGCAGCAGAUGAUAAAAUAUGAAUAAACGAGUUUAUGAUGC